AUGGGUUCCGACUUCAAGGCCAUCCCGCUCGUCGACAUCAGCGCGCUCGUGGAGAAGGUCGACGAUCCGGGCAUGGCCGGCGACGGGGACCUGCUGGACGUCGUCCGCGAGCUCGACCGCGCCUGCAAGGACGCCGGCUUCUUCUACGUGAAAGGCCACGGGAUAGCGGAGCCGUUGAUGGCAGAAGUGAGGGACGUCACGCGCAGCUUCUUCCAGCUCCCGCUCGAGGAGAAACGCAAGAUCAGGCUCACACCUCGGACUGGAUACAGAGGGUACCAGAGAGUGGGCGAGAACAUCACCAACGGCAAGCUUGAUAAGCAUGAAGCGAUCGAUAGUUACAAUCUUUAG